AUGGAAAAUGAAAGGUUGAAAGAGUUGGAAGAGCAUAUUGAUAGUUGCGGUAGCUGUAACUAUUGUGGAAGACCAAAUACUGGAAGAAGUUGGUGUAAUAAAUGUAGUCCUGAUCAAAGAGAGUCAAGUGGAAAAAAUGAAAUAGACAAAUUCAUUCUUGAAGUACAACAUAAGACAAAAAAUUAUGAUGAUAAUUUAGAAUGGAUACCUUAUAAUAAAUUUAAAAAUAUUAAGAAGAUUGGCGAAGGAGGAUUUGCUAAAAUUUAUUCCGCUAUUUGGUCAGAUGAACCUGGUUCAAGAGGUCAUGUUAAAGUUGCUCUUAAAAAACUUAAAAGUCCAACGGAAGCUUUUAUUAACGAGAUGAAAAUACAUAAUGAAUGUAGUUACGCUAAUUCAUAUAUAACACAAUUUUAUGGAAUAACUAAGGAUCCAGAAACUGAAGAAUUCUUUAUGGUUUUAGAGUAUGCGACGAAUGGUAAUUUAAGAAAAUAUCUCGAAAUCAAUUUUCCUACUUUAGAAUGGUAUAAGAGAUUAGAAAUAUUACACAAUGUUAUAGAUAACCUUGAUUAUAUUCAUAAUAAAAAAUAUAUUCAUAAAGAUUUACAUAGUGGAAAUAUACUUCAUUUUGAUUAUUAUGCAAAAAUCACGGAUCUAGGACUUGCACAAUCAUCAAAACAUGAUUUAAAUUCAAACGUUAGUGGAGUACUUCCUUAUAUAGCCCCAGAAGUCUUGGAUGAAAAACCGUAUACUUUUGCAAGUGAUAUUUAUAGCUUUGGGAUUAUCAUGGUAGAAAUGUCAACUGGGAAACCACCUUAUGGAAACGUACCUCAUGAUGAAAAGCUCGCGUUAGCGAUUUGUAACGGUUUAAGACCAAGAGUUUCUAGAGGAACACCAAAAUGUUAUAUUGAUUUAGUAAAUCAAUGUCUUGAUGCAAGUCCGGGCAAAAGACCUUCGUCAAAAGAGAUUCUCAAAGUGAUUAGAAACUGGCGAUUCCAUGAUGAUCACGAAAAACUAAGUUCUAAUAAAGAAUUUAUUAAUACUGAUAAUUCAGAUGCAGAUAAAAUCAUUUCACGAGGAUUCCCUUCUGAUACACUCCAUCCUGGAGCAAUUUAUACCAGUCGUCUUAUGAGUUUUAGCAAUCUUCCUAAACCAAGAAACUCCAGAGGAAUUCAAAUCGAAGAUCCGGAAGUUUCGGAUUCCCAAUUGAUUAAACUUCACGUUUCUGAAGACCUUAUCUAA